CCCUUUUCAGCCAGGGAGAUAACAAAGCUUGGACAAAUAACAGAGUAAUUAUGGGCCUGAGUAACUCAAGGGGUGUGAGUGUGUUGAGAGGGAAAGGUGGCGUAUAAAAGAGCCCAUAAGCCUCCUGCGUUUGGAAAACAACUUCGGCAGCAAUCAAAGGAGGAGAUGCAUAAGAGCAGACGUGCGCCACCAUGGGCCACAGCCUCAUCUUCACCACGUCCAUCAUCCUUUGCCUAUCGUCCAUCAUCGGCAUGAUUGGCAAUCUCAUCGUCCUCUUUGCCUUCAUCAGCAACGCUGUCCGAAACAAAGCUGUGCAGCCUUUGGACCGCAUCAUUAUCAACAUGUCUCUGGUGAACUUCCUUCUCUGCUGCUACAAGACAGUUCCAGCCUUCCUUUUUUUUAUCAGAGCCAACAUUUUGGAUCAGCUGGGCUGCAGGAUCCUUCUCUAUUCGUAUCAUACGUUGAGGCUGAUCAGCAUCUGGUCUGUAGAGAACCUGAGCUUUCUCCAUCUCAUCAAGAUUCGAAGACCCAACCAUCGGUGGUCAAAGUUCAUCUACCGGCACCAGGGACAAUAUGUCAACGGCACCCUUGCCGGUUGUUGGAUAGUUAGCAUCCUUCUACAGAUCCCUUAUUUGCAGUAUGAGAAAACAACACACAGGGACAAUGCAACUAUCAUCUGGUUGAGUACUUCAACCUGCCUAGGGUCCACAGAGAGUUUGGCUAUGAAGUUCACCACUUACUUUUCCAUCAGUUUGGACCUUGCCUUGGUUGUGUUGGUCAUCGUCCUCAACUGCUUCAUUAUUGACCUCCUCUACAAGCACAGCAGGAAGGUGGAGGCCACCACUUCAGUCACAAGCAAUGGAUGGAACAAGCACACAGCCCAGGCCACCAAAGUCUUGUUGUCCUUGCUCUGCAUCUAUGUGGUCUGCUGGAUCUCCAACGACCUGGUGUGGAUCGCCAUCAUGUCUGGGUACAUCAAGAGCGAUUUUGAGAACAGCAUCCUCAAUGAGCUCUUCGGCAUCCUGUCUUCGAUUUAUUACUCAGCCAGCUCCUAUGUUGUGGUGUUUGGCUACAGAAAAGUCAGAGAGUAUCUGACGGAGGCCUGCUGGUGCUUCAGAUAUACAAUGUCCACCAAGGUGCAAAGCACAUCUUAGGAGGAUGGCUCUCACAGUGAACUCUCGUUGGAUGGAAAUGCUUAAUGCUAUCUGCAAGAACUUGUUUCCUACUAGAGAAGUCCACAACCUGAGAAGUUUAUCACCCUAGAGUCAAUACAAUAUGACCAGCAGGACUGACAUCUAUGGGUCCAGUCAUUCGUGCCCAGGAAAAUAUGUCCUCUCUUGACAUCUUCUAAGUCCUCUGAAAUGACUAGAUGGCACUACUGGACCAGAUGACCUUCAUGUCAAUAGGAUUCACUAUUAUGUCCAGUUCUGUAUAUCCAUAUGAUGUCCAGGAAUGUAUCCCCUAUGAAUAUGGGUUGUACUGUAUUUUCUCAACAUACCAAUAUUUGUUGUAUGUUUUCCGGGCUGCAUGGUCAUGUUCCAGAAGUAUUCUCUCCUGACGUUUCAUCCACCUCUAUGGCAGGCAUCCUCAGAGGUUAUGAGGUAUGGAGAAACUAAGCAAGGAAGGUUUAUAUAUCUGUGGAAGUUCCUGGGUGGGGGAAAGAACUAAUGUCUGUUGGAGGCCAGUGUGAAUGUUGUAAUUAAUCACCUUUGUUAGCAUUAAAUGGCCUUCCCAGCCUCACAUCCUGGUCUGGGGGAAUCCUUUGUUCAGAGUCGUUAGCUGCCCCUAAUUGAUUCAUGUCUGGAAUUGUUCUGUUUUCAGAGUGCUGCUCCUUAUUUACUGUUCUGAUUUUGGAGUUUUUUCAUACUGGUAGCCAGAUUUUGUUCAUUUUCAUGGUUUCCUCCUUUCUGUUGAAGUUGUCCACAUGCUUGUGGAUUUCAAUGGCUUCUCUGUGUUGCCUGACAUGAUAGUUGUUGGAGUGGUCGAGCAUUUCUGUGUUCUCAAAUAAUAUUCUGUGUACAGGUCUGUUCAUCAAGUGCUCUGCUUGAUGAACCAACCAAAGUAUUCUCUCGUCAGGAGAGAAUACUUCUGGAACAUGGUCAUACAGCCCGGAAAACAUACAACAACCCUGUGAUCCAGGCAAUGAAAGCCUUCGAAAACACAUACCAAUAUUUUGCUUUCUGGAAUAUACAUUCUGCUUGUUAAUUAUUGGACAAAGAUAUAAGAAGACUGCAAAGAAGGCAGGAUUCAAACAUGUUUAGAAUCCAAUCAUGUGUAGUUGCUGCAGGAGGACAUUAGCUUACUUUUUAGCUUCUGUUUUGUUGUUCACAUCACCAACUCUGGGAUAUCUCACCUUCAACAUUCAUAUUUCAUCUCCGCUCUAAUGGAAAUGAGGCCGAUGCCUUCCCAUCUGGCUUCUUUCAUGUAGCUCCUACUAAAGGGCACCGUGGAGGGAGAAGGGAUUCAAGACAACCAGAAUCAAAAAGCUGGGUCAAAAGAAAGCAAUCCAGUGCAGGGAACAAAAGGGAGACAGGAGACCUUAUAUGGGAGACUGGUUUCAAAAACUGGUGUCCUGGUUAAAUAAAGGACCUAAAAUAGUCCAUGGUUACAUUGUCCAUCCCAUUUCUUAGAAUGGUGUUAAUCAAAUUGAUGGUUUAUGGACGAGCUGCAGUAAAGGGGCAAAAAUGUAGUACAACUCCUUGGCAAAGUAGGCAAAAAAAAAAUAAACCCUAUUAUUUGUAUGAUGCUACAGCAUUAAGCCUUUGCAAUUAUUGUGGUAUUAAACUGCAUUAAACGGUGCUCCAUGCAGUCAUGCCGGCCACAUGACCUGGAGAUGUCUAUGGACAACGCUGGCUUUUCGGCUUAGAAAUGGAGAUGAGCACCAACCCCCAGAGUCGGUCACGACUGGACUUAACGUCAGGGGAAACCUUUAUCUUUUUAAACUGCAUUUAUUCCACAGUGUGGAUGUAGCCAGUUUUUGGAAGGCAUUGCAGACUACUCCCAGUUCCCCACACUGAUGAAAAUGAAAAGAAAGGCAAGUCUCAAAGGCAGUAUUGGACAGGAAAGCAGCUAUGUUUUGGGUGGGGGUAAGGGAAUUUGCUGCUGUGUGGCCCUACAGGAAAGAUGCCCAGAAAGGCAGGUAUGUACUGUAUCAAAUUGCUAACUUGGGAAUAAAGUGCACUCAAUGGAGCUUUAUUAUUAUUAUUAUUAUUAUUAUUAUUAUUAUUAUUAUUAUUAUUUUAUUGUAUUCCACCUAAACAUUGGGAAGAACCCCCUGACAGUAGGCUGUUCAGCAAUGGAAUAGGCUCCUUUCUGGCAUACUUCUAUCUCUGGAGGUUUUUAAGCACAGACUGGAUGGCCAUCUGUUGAGAGUGCUUUGAUUUUGUGUUCCUGCUUGGCAGAAUGGGGUUGGACUGGAUGGCCUUUGGGAUCUCUUCUAAUGUUAAGAUUCUGUAUUUUUCCCCAUCUGGAAGGAGGAGAGGGCAGAUCUCUCAGCAUUAAAAACCCCAAAUCAAGAAGCAUGGCAAGUGAAUGCUUAGCAAAUGGACCCCAUUAGAGCUUAAUAGUGCACUUAUCGGUAGAUAGCAUUCUCCGUCCGCUUCUCCUUUGCUCACUGUAUGUAUCCCCUUAUCAACCCCACCAUUGUAACAUCAUCAGUUUCCCUGCAGAAGAAUAGCUGUCACUUGCGCAUGUGUUCCUAUAUGAAAGGCUAAUACAGAUAUGCAAACAAAAGGGUUUCCUCCCCUCCAUUUCGAGCCAUGUGCAGGUAGAUGCAAACAGAUUAUAGCUAGCAGAGAAAAUGAUUGUUUGCUGUACCAAAUGGUUUACGGGUGGGCCAAAAACUAGUGAUCGCGGACCGUUCAGAGUAGUGGAUAAUGGGAGCUGCAAUCCAACAAGGUAACGCUUCCAUGGUCUAAUUUUGUCUGGUUUUUACAAAGGGUCCAACUGUAUUUCUAACAUUGCAAUAAUUUGGUGGAAACAUCCAGAGGAAAGGAGAUGACAAAAAAAGCAGCAGAAAGCAAAUGCAGCAGACAGAAGAAUUAUAGGUGUGGAUUGCACUAAGUAACAAAAAUUGAAAGAUUUUCUGUUACUGGUUUGAAAGUGUAUGUAUGUGUGUGUGUGUGGAGAAUCCAGAGUGGAAGAAAGAACCUUUGUCUGUUUGAAGCAAGUGUGGAUGUUAUAAUUAGCAAGCUUGAUUAGCAUUGAGUAGCCAUGAAAUUUUCAAAAUCAAUCAGUGAGGUUAUCUGCAUAGAGGUAGCUAGGCUUUUGUUGCCUGGAGGCAUCCUCUGUUUGGGAGGUGUUAACUGGC